UUGGUUUAACCAACCUAUUAAACCGGAAAUUCAACCAUUGUUGUUUUGGCUGUCAAAAAAUAAGAAAAAUGCAAGAAAUGAAGUCUUUUAUGUUAACCUGUGGAAGUUUUGCGUUAACUGCAUCUGUUGUUGGAAAUGCUUUUUAUCAGAAAAGACAGUUUUAUCCAUCCGUUGUUUACAUCACCAAGUCCAAUCCCAGUAUGGCGGUACUCUACUUACAAGCAUUUGUGUUUGUAAUACUCAUGGGGAAGCUGUUCCGUAAAAUUUUCUUUGGUCAGUUAAGGGCUGCUGAAAUGGAGCAUCUGAUUGAAAGGUCAUGGUAUGCUGUAACAGAGACUUGUCUGGCAUUUACAGUAUUUCGUGAUGACUUUAGUCCAAAAUUUGUGGCUUCAUUUACUCUUCUACUUUUUCUGAAAUGUUUCCAUUGGCUAGCAGAGGACAGAGUUGACUUUAUGGAGAGAAGUCCUGUCAUUUCCUUCUUGUUUCAUGUGAGAGUACUUAGUUUGUUGUCAUUUUUGUCAGUGAUAGAUGCCUACUUUGUUAACUUUGCAUACCACAGUACCUUGACUAAAGGAGCAUCUGUACAGUUAGUAUUUGGAUUUGAGUAUGCUAUUUUGGUAACCAUAGUUAUGAUGGCUACAAUGAAGUAUGUCUUACAUUCCAUAGACCUUCAGAGUGAGAACCCCUGGGAAAACAAAGCUGUUUAUCUCCUCUACUCAGAACUUGUACUUGGUUUUGUAAAGGUCAUAUUGUAUAUGACAUUUACUGUAAUUAUGAUCAAGAUUCACACAUUCCCAUUGUUUGCCAUCAGACCAAUGUAUCUCUCUGUUAGGGGCUUUAAGAAAUCUUUACAUGACGUUAUUAUGUCUAGAAGAGCUAUUAGACAGAUGAACACACUUUAUCCAGAUGUAUCUGCUGAAGAGCUUCAGUCUGGGGAUAAUGUAUGCAUCAUUUGUCGUGAAGAUAUGGUAAUGGCUUGUAAGAAAUUACCCUGUAACCAUAUUUUCCAUACCAGCUGUCUACGAUCCUGGUUCCAACGUCAACAAACUUGUCCAACUUGUAGAAUGGAGGUGUUAAGAAUGCAGCCAACACGCCCCACACCCCAACAACCGCCUUUCCCCCAACAGCAACAUAUUCAGCCACAAUUUCCAAAUAUGUUUGGUGCCGGGUUUCCUCAGAUGCCCCCAAUGUGGCCCCAACAAAUGCCUCAACAACAACAGCAAGCACAACAGGCCAAUCAGCCCCAGCAAACACAAGAAAGUACAAGCCCUCAGACUCCUCCCACAACUCCAGCAGGAUCUGUACCACCACCACCACCAUCUGCAGGCUUACCACCCAUGCCAGGGGGGAUCCCUACUGGCAUGCCAGGUGCCAUGCCAAAUAUGGCAUCAUUUAUGCCAAUGUUUCCUAUGUUUAUGCCAAAUAAUUUUCCACGACCACCAUCAAGCUUAUCCGGCCUGUCUGUGGAAGAGUUAAGAUCAAUGGAGGGGGUAGAAAGAGAGAAUAUAGAGGCAAGGAUUCAGUGGUUACGAGAUAUCCAGGCUUUACUAGAUGGUGCAAUGUUACUUAUGCAGCAAUAUAACUCGAUAGCAACAAGUUCAAGUACAUCAGGAAUAAAUCUAUCACAGCCAUUACAGACUAGGUCUACUCCACCAGUGUUUACAUCUCCUGGUGAGGAAACUGGUGCUAGGCCAAAGUAUAGCAAGAAAACUCAACAAAAUAUAGAUGAUGAAAAUUCUAAAAAAAGUAAAGAAACAUCAGAACCUGAGGGUGCUAGUGGAUUUACUCCAGAAGUAGAAGAAUAUAUUCCUAAAUGGGACGAUCCACGCACAGAAGAAUAUACAGAUGAAAUGGUCGAAGUACGAAGACGUAGAUUAGAAAAAUUUCUCUCAGACACAAAAACUUCUGAAAAUAAUUUAACUGAUACAGACAAAAAGAGUGAACAAUAGAUCUAGAAUUAUGAAAUCAUAGUAUGAAAUGUGAUGCCUUAAUUUAUGUGUUUUAAAGUGAUGUAGUUGAAGUACACUAAAAUUCUCUUACUUUUAUCCCCCUGUAUUUCAAAUCAACCUAAAAUCAAGCCAAUUUGUUGGGUAAUAUCCCCACCAAACAUGUUUCUGGACUAUAUGGUAAUCACUUUGCUCUUUAUACCCCCUCACAACAAAGUUGUAAGGGGGGAUAUACUGGAAUCAGUUUGUCCAUCCGUCAGUUUUUCCUUGUCGGCCCAAUAACUUAAGAUUCCUUUGACCCACAGUCUUCAUAUUUGGCAUGGAGGUUAGUCAUGACGAGUAGAUGACCCCUAUUGAUUUUGAGGUCACUGGGUCAAAGGUCAAGGUCACAGAGGCCUUGACUAAAAAAAGUUUGUCCACCCAAUGACUCAAGAUUCCUUGAGCCACAGUCUUCAUAUUUGGCAUGGAGGUUUGUCAUGAUGAGUAGAUAACCCCUAUUGAUUUUGAGGUCACUGGGUCAAAGGUCAAGGUCACAGGGGUCUUGACUAAAAAAAGCCUGUCUGCCCAAUAACUUAAGUUUCCUUUGACCCACAGUCUUCAUAUUUUGCAUUAUGGUAAGUCAUGAUGAGUUGAUGACCCCUAUAGAUUUUAAGGUCACUGGGUCAAAGGUCACUGGUGCCUUGACUGAAAAAAGCUUGUCCGCCCAAUAACUUAGGAUUCCUUUGACCCACAGUCUUCAUAUUUGGCAUAGAGGUUAGUCAUUAUUAGUAGAUGGCCCUUAUUGAUUUUGAGGUCUUUGGGUCAAGGUCACAGGGGCCUUAAGCUCAAAAAGCUUGUCUUCUCAAUUGCAUAACAAUGCUUUGGUCAGCAGUCUUCAUGUUUGGUAUUUUGUUUGGUUAUGACCAGUAGAUGACCCCUAUUGAUUUUUAGGUGACUGUGUCAAAGUUCAAGGUCACAGGGGCUUUUACUUCAAUUAGUUUGUCCACUCAAAUGCUUAAGAAUGCCUGUUUAAAGUGUUAUUGAUUUUGACAUUUUCACAUUUGAAGAUUAUAAUUAUGUUCUCAUAUAUUCGUCAUAAAACACCCCCAGGCAAAGCUGCAUGAAUGGGGGUAUUCAAGUCAUGCAGUGGCAGUUUCAGUUUUGAGGUCAAAGGUAAGAACAUGUAGAAUACAUAAUUUAGCAAUGCACUGGCUUACUACCCUCAGAUUUGGCAGGGAGGUUGUCCUUUAGCUUUAAAUGACCACUGUUGAUUCUGACAAAGUGGUAUGCGGGGAUACUCACAACAUGACAGUGGCAGUUCUAGUUUCAUCAUCUCGUCUAUAUGAAGGGUUACAAGAUUGCUCUGUAGGUCAAAGUUUCACAACUUUAUAUUGCAUUUAAUAAAGUCAUCCCCCCUUUGGUACUUAAACAUCUUAAAAUUAACAAUUACUCCAUUACACCAAAAUGGGUAUAUACUUGAAACUGUUAAUACAUGUAUUUAUAAAACAUAUUCUAAGACGCUUUAUGAUAUAAUAUAAAAUAUUUUUUUGACAAAAACAUUUACAUUUAUUACCCAUUAACCAGGACACAUACUGGAAACUUUAAUAUAUUUAAAGAGUCACAAACACGCUCAGCAGGCCAGGUUUUGCAACUUUAUAUUUCUUUUUGACAAAGUUAUGCGCCUUUUUAGCUGAAAAAAUGUCCUGAAAUUUACAUUUACUUUAAUGUUCCAGAAAUCAGAAUUCAUGUGAAACUUGAAUAUGAAGGGUCACAAACAAUCUGCAUAGGCUAAGUUUCAUGAAUGUAAAGUGUAUUUUGACAUCAUUUUGCGAACUUUUAAACUUCACAUAUUAGCUCGACUUUUUCUAAGAAAAAAAUCUAUUGCUACAAUAUUGGUGUUAUUGACUUUAUUGUUGCUGUCUGAAAACUUUAAUGUUGGUCAUAAUUUGUAAUCUAAACUCUUCAUAUCUAGCCUACAUCCUGGUCUCAACAAAUUCUUUGGUCACAUUUGUUUUUAAAUAAAAAGAAACAAAACUUUUUAUGCCCCCAUUUUUUUAGGGUGACAUAAAGAUUUGCUUUUGUGACCCAGCACAUAGAUUGUUUGUGGACUGUAAAAACCAUGAAAUGUUUGGGCAUCCUUGUCCUAUGGACUCCUUUCUAAUUUAAGAAAUAUUUUCAAAUUGUGCUCUCAAAUAAACCAGUUGUCAGUUCCAUUACCUAGAUUUAGAUAUUUUUCUCAUGAUGAAUGCCUAGACGUUGUGAAAAUCAUUGUUUACUUAUUCUGAAACGAGAUAUGAUUGUUCAGAUGUGAUUAAUAGUAAACAUGCUUCUAAAAGAUAUUUAAGACAAAUUAAAGGUUUGUUAAUUACACCAUGACAAAUGAUUGAAAUAGUGCAUCUAGCACCAUGGAGAAAACUUAGAAAAGCAAUGAGGAGUUUGCUAAUGACAUAUACCUGGUAGUGUUCUAGGUUUGUCUAGGUGGCUUUAUUUAAAUUCUAAUAACUUUGGCAAUUAUUGAGGUGUUUCGUUUAUAUUUCUUACAGAUAACCUUUUAAAUUGUGUAUUAAUAUUCUAUGGUUCAAAAAUGAUCAACUUGAAGGUUUUGUAUACAACAUUCUGGGAUACCCCUUCUCUGCUACAAAGCUCUUACAUUUUCUUUUCUCUUUUGAAUUUUCAGAAAGCCAAUUUGUUAUUAUUGCUUAACAUGAAGGAUUAUUUAUCAGAUACAUAUGCAGUAUGCUAAAAACUUACCGGUAUUGAAACUCUGUUUAUUUUUAAAGCUGCACACCUCUAGAUGAGCCAAAAUAUUUCAAGAAGAUCAAUAUUGAGAAAAAUGUAGUAAACUUUUAAGAAAGGUAAAAAUAUUGAAGAUCCUAGUUAUAUUUUACAUGUUAUGUGCGGUUUAAGACUGAUUUUGUAGUAUUUUUUCACCAUAUUUCUAUUGCGUUACUAAUGCAGUAAGGGCUGUUUUUGCAUGUGUAGACCAUUUUUUGGUAAUUUUCUUUGAUUGUAAGUGCUGAUUGCAACAUGUUAAUAACUUUAUUUGUUCACCUCACAAUAUUUUACUUUUAAAUUCACUUCCAAAUUUUUCAUGAAAAUUAACAUGAAUCUGGAGGUAUGCUGCUUUAAAUGUUACGAAUAUUUGUUUUAAUGUUAAAAUUUCUUGAUUAUAUAAAUACUUGUUACAAUUUGAGAACUUUGAAAACUGUCUGUACUGACAAUAGGCAAUAAUGCAGAUCAUAAUGUACACCAGCUUAUGUUGGUGACAUGGUUUAAUUCAGUGGUCAUCAGCAGAGUAAUGAUUACAAUCAUAUUGUAAAUUACGGACAUUAAAUAAAUGGGUUAUGGUAUUUGUUAUAUGAAAUACAAGAUACUUGAGAUUUUAGCAGUCUUAUAAUAGUUACAUAACUGUCAAUAAAUGAUGAUGUAUUAACAAAUGCAAGAUCUGUCUGUAUACCAUACAAAAACAGUGUAUGUGAAGUAAAAAAGUACAUGAAGAUUACUAAAAUGGUGUCUAUACUGUACAUGAGGUGAAAAAAUGUACAGGAAGGGAAGUAAAAUGGUGUACAUGAAGUAAACAUGGAAAUAAAAUAUUGCACAUGGGGUGAACAGUGUACAUGAAGUAAAAUAGUGAACAUGAAGUAAACAGUGUACAUGAAGAAAAACUGUACACGAAGUAAACAAUGAAGAUGAAGUAAACAGUGAAGUGAAACAAUGUACACAAAGUUACCAGUGAAGUAAAAUAGUGUACAUGAAGUAAAACGGUGAAGUAAAACAGUGUACAUGAAGUUAAACAGUGUAUAUGAAGUAAAUCUGUGAAGAUUAUAUAAACAGUGAAGUUAAACAGUGUCAUGAAGUAAAACAGUAAAGUAAACAGUGUACAUGAAGUUAACAGUGAAGAUGAAAUAACAGUGAAGUAAAACAGUGUACAUGAAGUAUAUUUACUGCUCUGUUAGUACAGAUGAAAUAAAUACUGAAACUGUCUUAUGUAUAUGUUAUAUUUUGUGUUUUUAUUUUAAUUUUUGGAGAUGGUGCUUGAAAAGACCAUGUAAAACAAUAAAAAUCUUAAAAAAAACUUA